AUGAACGCCUUCCGCUCUCUCCUCGUCGCCAUCCUAGUGAUGGGUGGGACCGCCUACCGGAAGCUCAAUAUUCCGGAUUAUGUGGUCCCUGGAACAUGUCCUACAAUCAAUGAGAAACAGCUCUGGGAAAUGCAAAAGCCCAGACUUUUCCAGAUGGGAGGGAUAUGGUACCAGAUUGCUAACACUCCUAUGGAAUUUCAGCCCAUCGAUAAAUGUUUGCAGGUCAAAUACACCUGGGACGGAGAGGGCUUUACCACGGCUGCCAUGGGUCUCUCGAGAGAUGGGGUCACCAUGAAGAACGAGGGAAGGCUGUAUCCUAUGCCUUACGACGAGCCACGACUAGAGAUCACUGCGGAGCAUUCCAUUCCAGCGCCGCUGGUCAUCCUGGACACCGACUUCUACAACUACGCCUGCCUCUAUUCCUGCAUGGAAAUGGGUGGCAGGUAUAUAACCGACAUGGGCUUCGUCUACUCUCGCAAGCCGCAACUGCACCAGGCCUACCAGGGGACGUGCGACGAGGCCUUCAGGAAGGCUGGUGUGGACCUCAAGCGGUUCGUCAAGACCUACCAAGGAGACACUUGCACAUAUUCAGAAGGAAGAGUUGAUGGACAGCUGUCGUGGGCUUAA